AUGAACAAAGUCAUUGUAAGUCAUUAAGCUAAAUAUCUUGACUCCUUGCAAAAACCAGCAACUGUCAAAAACAUCAAAAAAGUAGUACCCUCAGUUCAAUGCCCCAAAUAAAGUCAAUCUAAGAAAGUCUUGACUUAAAAUGAGAUUAGACAGCCUAAGCUGAUUAAAAUGAAAAUAUAAGAAUAUAUGCCAACAUAAGCUUCCCCUGAUGAAAAAGUGAGUAUAAAUGAAGACUAUCAAAUAAUAUCGAUAUACAUUAAGACUCUCACUAUUGAUGAUAUCAUUUAUGAGGAAUCUAAUGAGAUAUCUAACGACAACUUCUCUAAAAUAGAGUAGCAGCAAUCUAAUAAAUAAAGUAACUAAUAGUAGCCCUAGUUAUGCAUUACACCCACCCCUAAUAAUCAUCUAUAAAAGCUAGUGCCUAGAAAUACAUAACAAAUUACGAGUGAAUCUAAUGAUACUCCAAAAAAGAACAUUGACCAGGAAAAUAUUAACAUCAUGAAUAAUUUGUCGUUAAGGAAUAAUUUCAGUUUUGUGUCCUCUUAAUGCGAAUUUGAUGCUGAGAUGAUCAGAGAGGUCGAAAUAGAGGAGUAUGUUGAUGAGGAAGAUGAUGAAAUUGUCCUAUUUAGAGAGGAUGCCAUGAGAAAAAAGAAAACUAAGUCUACAUAUAAUCCUCAAUCCUAGUAUAAAAACAAGAAAGUCAAGGGGCCUUUUGUAUAAAAAGAGUCAAUGCUUUACUCAUUGUUAAGAAAUAUUCAAUAGAGGAAGAGUGUUUCAGAUAAAAACCCCAACAUGACCAUUAAGACGCCAAUUAAAGUUGAAAAUGAUGCCAAGAUGGCUAAUAAGGACAUAAUACUAUCUUAGUUGCUAGUUACUCCAGUGCUUUCACCUAAGUAGAGUGUGUAGAGUGUGAAGCAAAGAUCUAAUACUGAUUACAUACCAAGUAGUGUGACAAGAAAACAAAGACAUGAAUCUAUCAAUCAGAUUAGGGAAUCUAUUGCAGUUAGCUUGCAUAAGAAAAACCCUUUGAACAAAUGUCAAGGUUAAAGGGAAAAAAUGAGUCUUUCAAAUUUUAUUGAGAAUAGCUCCACACUUAUAAGUACUACUGAUACUCAAUCUCCUGGAAGCCAUAUAUUUAAUGAGACAGAAACAUCAAUUAAUUUGACUUCUAAUUCUGGGGGUAAUACUAGUUUGACUUAGAUGAUUAGAGCUAGCAUUCAAUAAAAGAGACAAGAAGCUGAAUAAAAAUUCAAAUCUCAAUACUAGCAAUACAUUUGUAGAAAUGCCACUACUAAAUCCCUAUUGGCUACUAUAGCAUCUUCUAAUACACACAAGAAUGAUUCGUUUAGGAGAUGA